CAACUAUUUUUAUGCACACCUCCCCUAUCUUUUCUUAUAAUCAUUCUCUUCUUUUCACUCUCUUCAUGUCUGAAGAGGAAAUGAGUUUGUCUGUAAAUGUUAAUGGUCAGUCUAAAGUGCCUCCAGGGUUUCGGUUUCACCCCACCGAAGAAGAGCUUCUUCACUAUUACUUGAGGAAGAAAGUGGCCUAUGAAAAGAUCGAUCUUGAUGUUAUUCGAGAUGUUGAUCUUAACAAACUUGAACCUUGGGAUAUUCAAGAGAAGUGCAAAAUAGGAUCAACUCCUCAAAAUGAUUGGUAUUUCUUUAGUCAUAAAGAUAAGAAGUACCCAACCGGUACUAGAACAAAUCGUGCAACCGCUGUGGGUUUUUGGAAAGCCACCGGGCGGGAUAAGGUCAUCUACAGUAGCGUAACCCGAAUCGGUAUGAGGAAGACACUUGUUUUCUACAAAGGGAGGGCACCUCAUGGCCAAAAAUCUGACUGGAUAAUGCAUGAAUAUAGGCUUGAUGAUAAUACAAUCACCAACCAAGAGGCAUGUGGUCCUAACUUUUGUGAUUCAACUCAAGAAGACGGGUGGGUGGUAUGCCGUGUUUUCAAGAAGAAAAACUACCAUAAGGCGCUAGAGAGCCCGCAGAGAUCGCUCUCGUGCUCCAUGGAUUCAAGAACACAGUUGCCAUCGUUAAAUAAAGAUGGUGUUCUUGAUCAAUUACUUGUGUACAUGAAUAGUAGUAGGUCUUGCAAACAAGAAAUCGAGUCGUUAAACUCGAACCAUAACACCAUGCACCAACCUGUUAGCCCCAUUAAUGGCAGAUAUUAUAACCUUCCGAGGCUCGAAAAUCCCAACAUGACCAACUUCGAUCAAGGAUUAACAUACAAACCACAUGUUAACGACUUCCUGACUGAACCAUCCGAUCAAACAAGGAACACUGACAAUGACUCACGCGAGCGUCUUGAUAAUUGGGCAGAUCUUGAACGGCUUGUAGCCACUCAACUCAACGGUCAAGUCGGCUAUGGUGAACCGAACCAAGACUUCUAUUUUCCACUUGACCAUGAUGAGCAAGAGUCAUCUCAGUACUGUGAUUCAACCACAACUGCUAGACCGAACCAAGGAGUGUACACAAGCGAGAUAGAUCUAUGGAGCUUUGCUCGACCAUCUUCAUCUUCGACAUCGGUGGAUCCCUUAUGUCACUUGUCAGUGUAAUAUUAUACGUACGUAGAAGAUAUAAUAUAAUCACGUUGCAUAAACUAGAAGAAAUACGAAAAUAGGGGAUUAGGAUGGUGCAUGAAUUGACCAAAUGUAAGGUGAUUGAUGGCACAUGUAGCAUGUGGUUGGGAAAAGACAUUCUACACACAUAUUAUAUAGAAAAGGAAUGAAUAAGAAUUAGUGAAUAAAGGUAAAUGUUUGUAUU